UCCCGCCCUCGCCCCUUCUUCCGCCCUCGCCCCUUCUUUCUCCCUCCCUCGCUCUUUCUAUCACUCAUGUGGCGAGUGUCGAGACAUUUCGAGUAUGUUGUCAUUUAAGAAUGGGGAAAUGAAGAGGAACCUCCUUCCGGGUUGCAGUUCGUUCUUCCCUACCCGCUUCUCCGCCUUUUGAAGGACAGUCAGCUUACUGUCCAAAGUCAAAGUCCUCUUUUACUACUGCGGUGAGUCAUGACGUCAGAGGAGGCAAAAGGUUCCCGCGUGGCGGUGGAGAUCGGUGAGGCGUACAGGAACCCCACGGAAGUGAAAAUGAGUCAGAUCGUGCUGCCCUGCCACUCCAAUCACUGCGGCGAGUUGAGCGCUGGACAGCUACUCAAGUGGAUGGACUCCACAGCAUGCCUCUCAGCUGAGAGACAUGCUGGCUGCUCCUGUGUCACUGCAUCUGUAGAUGACAUCCAUUUUGAACACACCAUAGGGGUGGGAAAUGUCGUCACCAUCAUAGCCAAGGUCAACAGAGCCUUCACAUCCAGUAUGGAGGUUGGUAUAAUGGUGACUUGUGAGGACCUCUACACUGACACUCACUGGAGGGUUUGUCAAGCCUUUGCCACCUUUGUGGCCAGAAGAACAGAAACAGGCAAGGUGCAACUGAAGCCAUUGACGCCUCACACGCAAAUGGAGCAAAUGGAGUACAGCUUGGCGGCCGAGCGGAGGAGAAUGAGGCUCAUCCACGCAGAAAUCAUCACGGACUUAUUGAGCAGCAGCACGGCACAGCUUGGAGAGUGCCAGGAGUACCAGGACGCCGUGCCAGCCGAACGCACGCAAGUGGAGAGCGUGGAGCUGGUCCUGCCGCCGCACGCCAACCACCAAGUUAGCACCUUUGGUGGCCAGAUCAUGGCUUGGAUGGAGAAUGUUGCCACCAUUUCAGCAAGCCGCUUAUGUAAUGCCCAUCCCACCUUGAGAAGCAUUGACAUGUUCCAUUUCCGUGGCCCAUCUCACAUCGGAGACCGUCUGGUACUGAAGUCCAUCGUUAACAAUGCCUUCAAGCACAGCAUGGAGGUGGGUGUAUGUGCUGAGGCUUACCAGGGUGGAGAGCCUCAGCGUCAUAUAAAUAGUGCCUUUAUGACCUUUGAGGUACUCGACGCUGAUCGCAAACCACGCACGCUGCCCCGGAUAAGACCCGAGCCUGUGGAUGGUAAACGGCGUUACCAAGAAGCUAUUGCCAGGAAGAAGAUCCGCCUUGAUAGGAAAUACAUCAUCUCAUGCAAGCAAAACGAAAUGCCACUGUCUGUACCGUGGGACCCAAGUAAUCAGAUGUACUUGAGCUACAACAACGUCUCGGCGCUGAAACUUAUGGACACCAUAAACAAUUGGGUGUUGACCUCUGAGAAAAACAAAGUCAGACUGUACACACUGGAGGAGAACCAGACGUUGUGCUUCAAAGUGGAGAUGAACGUGAGCGUUUCGGCCGAGCAGACUUUCCACCUGCUUUCCGACCUAGGGAGGAGAAAAGAGUGGGACCGUCAUUAUCAGGCAUGUGAGGUGAUCAUGCAGGCGGAUGAAGAUGACACCAUUUAUCGUGUGAAGACACCCUCUAUCCGAAAAGGGGGCAAAGGCCAGGAUUUUAUCUUGCUGGCUUCUUGUCGGGAACCGUGUGAUGUCAGGGACCCGUAUCUGAUCGCUUUACGGUCGGUUACUCUUCCCACUCACCCUCCAACUCCAGACUACGAUAGAGGAGAGGUGCUCUGCGCCGGCUUCACAAUUUUGGAGGAGUCCACCACUGUCACCAAGGUCACCUACUAUAAUCAGGCCACCCCAGGAGUUCUUCCCUACAUCUCCACAGACAUUGUCGGACUCUCCUCCUCUUUCUCCAGCGCCUUUUCUGCCUGUAGUGACUUCCUUGAAGCCAAUAAGGACAGCUUGCCCACUUCCACUCAGCAGGCCACAAAUGCAGCAAAUACCUUGCACAAAGAACCAUAGGACCGUAUUCCCUUUUUUUGCAUUCAUAUUCUUCUCUUAGAAUAUAUAUUCAGUAAGUGACAGUGGCACUUUUGUUUUUAGCUGUUUUGACUCCUUUCACCUCAGUUGGAGGGCAUAUAUUGUAAGGGCCAAGGAAUUAAAGUGUAUGUUUUGAGGGCAUAGGAUAAAGCCUUUUAUUUUUUAUGACAACUGGAAAAGUAGAAUUGUGCAAUAAUUGAUACAGUUGAUGUUUUCUUAUUGUAUUUUUUAGGACAAUUGCUGUAAUUACUGCUUGUGAUUGUUAUGACAAUUGGGUUUGACUUAGCAACACAUGGCUUCAAGAUGUGUUGAUAUGAUGAUGUGUGCACUCCAACAAUAAAUAUGGGAGUAGCUGGAUUGUUAUCACAUUGGCCAAAUUUGGAUUCUGUGCUUGGGAGGACUAAGGGCCAGAAAAUUACGUAACUUAUAUGUUUCUAUGUAAUACCUCUCCAAAUAAAGAAACCGUAAAUGUAAAAAAAGGCAAUGGAAAGAAUGAGUUUUGCAUUUGAAAUAAAAAGGUCUA